AUGUCCAUUAGGCGCCACAACUUAUGUUGCUUUUCUGAGUUUAGUUCCAUGGACGCUUUAAGAGCUACAUUGGAUAGUACUGAUGGUCAAGUGGCUACUGUUAGUCGAACUAGUUCACCACCUCCUUUGGAUCUUCUCAGUCCUCCUCCAGUUGUUGCUGAAUAUUGGUGUCAUACGCAAGUGCGUGUAACGAAGAUGAAAUACGUUUGGACGAUAAGCAAUUUUAGCUUUUGUCGCGAAGAGAUGGGAGAGGUUGUAAAGAGCUCAUUUUUUUCUUGUGGCCCUAAUGAUAAGUUGAAAUGGUGUCUUAGAAUAAAUCCAAAGGGCUUAGAUGAAGAAAGCAGAGAAUAUUUAUCACUGUAUCUUUUACUGGUUAAUUGUGGAACUAAAAGCGAGGCCAGAGCAAAGUUUAAAUUUUCUAUCUUGAAUGCAAAGCGCGAAGAAACAAAAGCAAUGGAAAGUCAACGCGCUUAUAGGUUUGUGCAAGGCAAGGAUUGGGGUUUCAAGAAGUUUAUUCGUCGAGAUGUUCUCAUGGAUGAGGCCAAUGGUCUUUUACCAAAUGACCGCUUGACGAUUUUAUGCGAGGUUUCAGUCGUGGGCGAGAUUCUUUCGGAAAGUGGACAGGUUAACAAUCAGCCUAUCACCGUUCCAGAAUGCAAUUUACAUGAAGAUAUUGGAAGCUUGUUAUUUAAACAACUGCUGACUGACGUUACUUUAGUUGUUGUUUCUAAUAAUCCACCAAACGGGAAAUGUUUAAGUGAUUGUUCUAUAUCUCAUGUACACCAACAUUCUUGUGCCUCAGGUCAUACUUUACCCGGUUUCAGUUCUGUAAAUGAACAAGUAACUAAAUUCUCAGCUUACGAAUCAACAGGCGAAGAAGAUGAAGAUGAAUUAGAUGAAGGUGAAGAAUUUGAUGAUGAAGAUGACGAUGACGAAGAUGAAGAUGAACAACAGGAGAAUGAGAGUGAACGUGAAGAGGAUACACAAUCCAGUUAUAGAGAAUCACAGUUAACUUACCUGGUUGAAGAUGAGAUUCAUUUAGCUUCUAAUGGUAAUAAUAAUAAUAACGAACAAGGUGAAGCAGAAGCAGCUACAGCAACUCAUCGAACUUUAGCCACCAGUGAUAAUCAUGCUUCCAGUACUUCAUCUCAUCCUAAUCAUCAACUAACGCAUGUUAUGUCCUCAACACUGACUCCAGCCACAACAACAAAUGUACCAACUAAAGGUGUAAUAGUUCCUAUUGCUUCUACUAAUCCUAGUCCAUUGUUAGUCCCAUGUACGGGUGGUGCUUCAGAUCCAUCCUCAGUAAAACAAUUUCCGUUAGAUAAUUCAACUAACAAUGUUUCUAAUGGUGAUUGGCGUUCAGCCACAUCUUCCAGCUUUGUUUCUACUCAAGGGCACACAAAUCGUGACGACCAAGAAGUGAAAUCAAAUGGUAUUUGUGAUGUCAGUCAGAGGACUUCCGAUGGCACAUGGUCUUCGUCCAAAAAUGGUGUUCAUCGGUGCCGGAUGUCCGGUUCAGUGCCGUCCACAUCUUCUGCCUUGCCGACAACUACUGAUUCUUCAUCUUCCACUUCAAGCGUUAAGAUAAAACAAACUGCUGGACAUAACGCGGAUGUCGGAAGCAGUAGUACAACUACAAGUAGCACAACCAUUAGUCAAAGUAGCUCUCUUGUCAACACUGUAUCUACUCCUUUAAUUACUUCGAAAGAGGAAUCUGAAGAUACCGAGGAGUCUGUUGAGGCGGAAACCUCUGGUACUUCUAGUCGUGUGCGGCGUAGUACACGUAGAAGAAACACUACUUCAACUACCACAACUUCGAAUCGUCCACGCAACCGGAAUAGUCGGGAUUCAUCACUUUUGGCUACAGUUUCAAAGGUUGCUUCAACCACCUCAUCUCAUUCUAAUCUCGUCGCUACUCCAUCGAGCUCCACAGCGUGCUCGUUGGGUACAACAAAUCAGACUGUGAAGUGUUCUAGCAUGGGUACCGGUAAUAGUAGUAGUUCAACGGUAAACGGAGCUUCAAGUUCCAGUGUUGUACUUCGCCAAUUCGAAGCACACAAAGCUAUUCUAGCCGCUCGAAGCCCAGUUUUUGCCGCGAUGUUUGGACACGGCAUGGAGGAGUCCAGAGCGAAUAGAGUGGAAAUCACGGACAUGGAGCCAGAUACCGUGGCAGAAGUUUUGCGAUACAUAUAUACAGGACAAGUUGUUGGUAUGAAUCGACUUGCUCACGAGUUAUUGGCCGCGGCUGACAAGUACCAAUUAGAACGAUUAAAAACAAUGUGUGAAGAGGCUCUUGUGGAAAGUCUUUCCGUAGAGAAUGCGUGUGAUAUAUUUGGACUUGCUGAUAUGCAUAAUGCAGAACAAUUGAAAGCACAUACGCUAGAAUUCAUAAUGCUCCAUGCUCAUGAUGUGUGCGAAACUGAAGGCUAUGAACAGCUGGUUCGACAUCGUCCACGUCUACUAAAUGAGUGCUUUCGAAGUUUAGCUUCACAACAACUCCCUCUUCGAUGUUGGGCUCGUAAACGUCCAAGGCAAUCAUAA